AUGGCUCCUCUUAAGGUUGGUGACGCUUUCCCCGACGGCGUCUCGUUCACCUACGUCCCUACUGGGGGCAAGAAGGAGGACGUUACCGCUUGCGGCAACGGUAUCAAGUACAAUGCCAGCACCGAGGCCAAGGACAAGAAGAUUGUCAUCGUCAGUGUCCCAGGUGCUUUUACUCCUACGUGCCAGGAGCAGCACCUCAAGAGCUACGUUGAGAAGAAGGACGAGCUCAAGGCCAAGGGUGUUGACAAGGUCGUCUUCAUUGCAUACAACGACCACUGGGUCAUGAGCGCCUGGGGCAAGGCAAACGACAUCUACGAUGACUUCAUCAUCUUUGCCUCUGACGACGGCAUCAGCUUCUCCAAGAGCAUCGGCUGGAACCUUGGUGACAGCGGCCGUACUGCCAGGUACGCCAUCGUCGUCGACCAUGGAAAGGUCACAUACGCUGAGAAGGAGGAGGCAGGCGGCAUCGCCGUGUCGGGCGCCGAGGCCGUUUUGGCCAAGCUGUAA